AUGGGUAUUGAAGAAAGUUUAUUCUUACAAAAGUAUAUUGACUUUGGUGAAAAAAAAGCCGGUUCAACCACUAGAAGUAUCUUGGUUGGUUUAUUUGCUGCCUUUGGUGGGUUCCUUUUCGGGUAUGACACUGGUACUAUCUCGGGUAUUUUAGCUAUGGAUUUCGUCAAACACCAAUUCCCAGCUAAUAGACUUUCAGCUGAACCAUUCUUCACUGCAAGUGAAAGUUCUCUCAUUGUUUCAAUCUUAUCAGCUGGUACUUUUUUUGGUGCUUUGGCUGCUCCACUUUUCUCAGAUAGAAUUGGUCGUAGAUGGACUUUAAUUUUGUCCUCGUUGGUUGUUUUCAACUUUGGUGUUCUUUUACAAACUAUUGCUGAAGCUAUUCCACUUUUGGUCGCUGGUAGAUUCUUUGCUGGGUUAGGUGUUGGUUUAAUUUCUGCUGUUGUUCCAUUGUAUAUUGCAGAAACGACUCCCAAAUGGAUCAGAGGUGCUAUUAUUUCAUGUUAUCAAUUGGCCAUCACUUGUGGUUUGUUGAUUGCUGCUUGUGUCAACAAAGGAACUUCUACAAGACAAGAUUCCGGGUCUUAUAGAAUUCCAAUUGCUCUUCAAUUUGCUUGGGCUCUUAUCUUGGGUGGUGGUAUGCUCUGCCUUCCUGAAACUCCAAGAUUCUAUAUUUCUAAAUCUAAUGAAGAUAAAGCUAAGAAUUCGUUAAGAAGAUUGAGAAAGUUACCUAUUGAUCACCCUGACUUGCUUGAAGAAUACGAUGAAAUAAAAGCUAAUUUUGAAUUUGAGAUGCAAUACGGAAAAGCAUCUUGGUUAUUGGUUCUCAAGAAUGUUAAUAGACAACACCAUAGAUUGUUUGUUGGUGUUGCUCUCCAAGCUUUCCAACAAUUGACUGGUAUUAACUUCAUCUUCUAUUUUGGUACUCAAUUUUUCCAAAACUCAGGUAUUGAAGACCCAUUUCUUAUUCAAUUAGCUACAAACAUCGUUAAUGUGGGUAUGACUUUCCCUGGUAUUGCCUUGGUUGAUAUCUUGGGUAGAAGAAGUAUGUUGUUGGCUGGUUCGGUAGUUAUGGCAGUUUCUCAAUUGAUCGUUGCUAUUGUUGGUGUUACCAGUGAUUCCCAGGCAGCUAAUCAAUGUUUGGUUGCAUUCUCGUGUAUUUUCAUUGCAGGUUUCGCAUCAACUUGGGGACCUCUUUGUUGGGCCGUCGUUGCUGAAAACUUUGCUAUUAAUGUCAGACAAAAGUCGGUUGCUCUUUCAGUUGCUUCUAACUGGAUCUGGAACUUUGCUAUUGGUUACGCAACUCCAUAUAUGGUUGACUCUGGUCCAGGUAAUGCCAACUUGGGAUCUAAAGUCUUCUUUAUCUGGGGUGGAUGUAAUGUUCUUGGUUUCUUAUUCGUUUACUUCUUUGUUUAUGAAACCAAGGGAUUGACUUUGGAAGAAGUGGAAGAAAUGUACAUAAAGGUUGAUAAGGCUUGGCAUUCUGCCAAGUUUGUCCCAAGUGGGAUUCAUGAAGCUGGUUCUUCGAUAGAAAAAGCUGACAGCGAACAAGCUGAAAAGGUAUCUGUAUAA